AUGCUGAACUACCCGUUUCCCUCGCCUCCCGUUUUCUACACGAACUACAAGUUUGACAUGAACUUGAGCACGAUAAACAAAGUUCUAUUUCACACCGUCUUUAUUGGAUACCAAACUAAUAAGCCCCUACAUGUCGUCUGCAAUGGAGUAAUUCUCCCACUAUGUUGUUUGCUGACCUUUUUCAUUGGGUACAAAACAUUGCGAGUCGCGUAUCUGAAACACGUCCGAAAGUUUGAAACUACCAUGGUUUGUUACGCUUUUAUUGAGAUUGUUGCCAUGCAGUUGGUUUCAACGUCGUUUGCAAUAUUUUAUUGGACAUGGGGAGCUGUGAAAAAUGAAGAGGAUUACGAUACAACAAAGUUCAGUUGUCUCUUCUUUCUUUACUUUUUCAAUUAUCUUCCCGCGUUUUGCUUUAACUUAGUGAACUGCACAAUUUCUAUGCUCCUGUUGGUAUAUUAUCGGAAAUGGAAUGCAACGUUUUGUGGAAUCAAGCUUACCAAUUUCAACAUACGAACGAUAUACGUGAUAAUAACUAAUGGUGCUCUCUGUGACGUACUGUUUAUAUUCUGCAUAUCAUGGAUCACAAUGGCAAAAGCAACAGAAAUCAAGAACUAUCAAAACAAGUGCUUUGUACUACUAAACCCUAUUUUUCUUAGAGUUUAAACUCAUUAAUUGGGUUAAAGGAAUGGAGUGGGAAACUCAGAUCUUCAGCCAUACAGUGCCCUAUUUCUUUUGCAUCUUCUACAUGAUAUUUGCGUUAUACAAAAUUUUCAACCAUCAUUUGGAUCGAAGAAAAGGGAGAGGACUACAAUUAGGCGAAAAGCAGCACUACGGAGGAUGUGUCGUAACUCUUGGAUUUACGAUUGUUUUUCUUGUGACUGACUCGUUUUUCAAUCUCUUCUGCGAUGUCUAUGAAAUCAGCUUACACUAUACAACCGAGCCGACUAACGCAGAAUUCUUUUUCUCUUUGAGAAACUGUAAAACUGUGAUGCGCACCAUUUACUAUGUUAUCUCUCCAUUUCAACUGCUCGCCCUUUGCUCUUUGAAUCCUCAUUUCCAAAGCUCCAUGAUAAGAUAUCUAAACGGAACGGAAACCUUUAAUGUAGUUACUCUCAAAACAAUUGGAGGAGAUACACGAACAAAAGUUCUUUAUGAAGAUCUUCCGGACCCAUCGGAACUCCGAUGGUUGUCCUGGAUGUACUUUAGAUGGUGCCGAUGUCACAUCGCUGUAAUAGUAUUCCACAAAUUUUUGAACCUCGUCGAAGAAAGUCACAAAAGUAUUAAAUAUGCCAGACGACAGAGAAAGUUGAAUAAGGAAAUCGAUAGAGAUAAAAAAGAAUCAUCACAGCAAUCAACUGGUCACUCAUCUCGAAAACGGGAAUCUAGAGUUCAAAUUGACGAUGAAAACAUGCAGCACGUUGAUCUGGUAACCGACAGGAGUUUACAAUACCAAACCACGAUGGUUUAG